AUGGGUAAACCAGAGGUUAAACUAUUUAAACCUACAGAAAAGAGUAAACAUAGAAUAGAGUUGGAACAACAACUCGUUGUACCUAUUACACUACAACAACAGUAUCUAUCGGAAUUGGACAAGAUUGAAAAGGAGUGUUCUGCAUUUCUACAAUCAUCAUCAACUACACCAACACCAACCAAAGGAAAACAAGAUACCAACAACAACGCAAUCAAUCUAUUGUUUAAUCAAUUUAUCAAAUCUUCUUCGGCAUACGAUCAAGUCAUAUACAUCAAAAGGAUAGAAUCGAGUAUCAACGCAUUAAACGAAUCAACACGCUCAUCUAUCAAACCAUUACUUUCACUAGUUCGUCGUGCUUCCAUUCAAUGUCUAUUCGCAUUAGAAUGUCGAAACAUACAAAUUCAAUCAUGUCUUGUACAAAUCAUCAAUCAUACAUCAAAAGACAUUGACACUGACCAAGAUCAAGAUUGUAUCAGUCAUUUGACAAACUUCCUUCCAUCACAUGAAUCAAUACACCAACUAUUAAAUAUUAAAUUAACAACAACCACUAAUAAUAAUAAUAAUAAUAAUAAUAAUAAUACAGAGAUUAAUACAAAGAUUCAAGAGCUAAUACCAAUGCAUUAUGUACAUUCGAUUACACAAUUGACAGAGUUGGUGUGUGCACAAUCAACUUUGUUUGAUGGACCUCUGUUUGAAGAUGUUUUGGCAAUGAUGGCAUUACUGAUGCACGUUCAUUUGGAUUCGAUGGAGUUGUGUGGGUCGAUCUAUCUCAACGAGGUGUUUUCAGAUUGCGACUUUACCCUUCGUACUCUUAUCCCUAUAUUCAGUAAAUUCCAAGAUUCAAUUGCUAAAUUGGUGCAAGUCAAGCAUGCAUCAGUCGCAUUGCUACUAGCAUCAUUUGACCGUCUUUUGACUAGUUCACAAUACCCCAAACAUCUCAUCACCAACUCAACCUACAUUUUCACAGAGUUGUUAUCACUCGACAUUGAUAGUCAAAGUGUCUUGUAUCAUUUCAUCCCAUUCACAUCGACAACAACAACAACCACCUCCAUGCCAACACUCUACAUGGAUACAAUCUACGCAAAGUAUCCAGCUAUUUCACAAAUUAAAGGUGAUAAUGUAUCAUCAUCGUAUGCAAAUCACUUUAAAUCAGUUUAUCCAAUUGUCAAUCAAAUGGCAAUCUUUAGAGGACUGGUUUUAUCAAGAUCGAUCGAUUUAUUGUUGGCUCGUAUUAGUACAGAUGAAGAACCUACUGGAACCACCUACUUUUUGGAUGUUAUUUACAAAGGUCUAUGUGACGGUUGUCACAAUGUAGUCGAUGCAUUUGGUCGUGUUGCAUGUCUCGAGUAUCUCCAACUUUGGUAUCAAGUUUUAAUGCGUCUCAUCGGCGAGAAUCAAGGUCAAAUUGAAAAGGUACUCUUUAUGGAUUACCAACAAUUCUACACCAAGUACUUUCCAAAGACUUUGGAUAUUAUAUUUUGUAAUUGGGAGACUACUGGUCAUUCAUCCAUCCCAACUCACAUUAAUGAAAUAUUCAAAUCUUUGUUAAAAUUAAAUAGUGAUUGUAGUAGUCAGCCUACAACCACUGGUGGUGGAAAGGAUGAAUUCAUCUCAUCUAUUACUUGUCGUCUCAUCGAUGAAGAUUGGAGUUUAAAGGUUCUAGAACAUGAAUCAGCUACCAAUAUCCUAUCCUAUCGUGGUAAUUUUAUUGAUCAACUUUUUAUUUCAAUGGUUGACCAAACCAUUGCACAUUCAAUUAAAUCAUUUAUGGAAUUAUUAUUGGAUAAAUUAAAAAAGGAAACAUUUGAAAGAUUAAUGUUGCAAGGCGGCAAUGACAGUAAGGAACAAGCAGAGAUCAAAGCAGUUAAAUUAUGUGAACAAUAUUGGUUACCACCUUUAUUAAAAGUUUUAUUGGAUGAAACCUAUACACCAGCAGCAUUACUAAAAGUAAUUAAUUAUGGACUGCCAAGUUUAUUAAAGGUAUUCCCACAAUCCCUAAACUCAAUCCUCGACCAAUUAAACAAUGGGUCCAUAAAUAAUAAUGCAUCGGUCACUUCAACACUUCGUGUCUCUUUGUCUGUCCUCAGUACCAGUAGAUUAUUAUCAAUUGGUAAUUCAACAACCAUUUUAAAUAAUAAUUAUGAUUUGGUUAAAAAAUCUUUAUCAAAUGAAGAUGAAUAUUUAAGAAUGCUGGGAUUAGAAUUAAUUUGUUUAUCACCAAAAAUGACAGAAUGUCCAACUAAAGUUGAAAUUGAUUUGUUUAAACAAUUCUUGACUAUUAAUCUUAAAUCAUCUUCACCAUACAUUCGUAGUCGUACCAAUGGCAUUUUGGAAAAGUUUUGGAUUAGAAUUAGAGAUAGUUAUGCAAAGAUUUAUAGAGAAAUGGAGAAGAAGAAAGCAUAUGAUUCUAAACAUCCAACAACCAACAAUCAAGAUACAUCUUCUACAUCUACACAAGAAGAUCAACAAUAUUUAACUAUUCCAGAGUUUAUUCAAUUUAUUAGUUGGUGUGGUAGUCGAUUGGUUCUUUCAAUUUAUCCAGGUGCACCAUACCCAAGAAAGAUGUUACCAUUGGACACUCUCUAUUCGUUCCUUGGUAUUUGGGGUAUUAGCAGUGAAUCAAAGCCAGCUACUAUUCCACUUUUACAACAUGUACAACGCGAGUCUACACUGUUUUCAGCUGACAAUUGUCGUGUUGUCAUUCACAAUCUUUGGGAUCAAUACGAUCGUUGUAGAGAAUCAAGUGCCAAUAUUCUCAAACAGUUCCCAUCACCGUUACCAGGACUAGAGACAGAGGAAAAGAUCAAGCCAUUGGUUCAUUGGGCCAUCCGUCUUGCUUGCAGUCCCAAGGCAAGAGAGUGUGACAGUGGUGCGCACUUUCUCAAGAUAUUUGUCCAAAAAUACGUUAUCCCUCAAUCGAUUGCUCCCGUCUUUAACGGCUCGUCCACCACUGCCAGUGAUUUGGUUACAUUCAAGAAAUGUUCGUCGCCAGAGGAUGCUGUGCUCGUGACAGUCUCGCAGAUUGUUCGUGUACUCAGAUCGCAGGUGAUGAUUGCCACCAACAACCUUUUGGAUUCCGCUCGGUUUGCUCCUAUGCAUGGUCUCAUCCUCACGCUCAGAUACAUGAUCUUGCAGGUCGAUAUGGCAGCUGCAUGCAAAAAGGACAAGGAUAUUGCAGGUCGUUGGAAGCAGAUGGUUGCUGAUCUCAUCGGUCUCAUGUUUAGUGUAUCAAAGGUAGUACUCAGAGUCGUUGCUGAUAUUGCUCCAGAAGGAUACACCCCCAAGCAAGAAGAGGGUGCUGCUGUCAACAACAACAACAACAAUGACAAUAGUUUACCAAAGUCAUUGCCAAGUGGAGUAUUAUACGAUGACGAUGAGAGAUUGGCAUCGAGUUUUGCUACACUCUCUGCACAAACCUCAAUCGAGGAUAUUUUGGAACAAAUUGGAAAUACUGCUGGUGCAGCUGGCGGCGGUGAAAAUGAAGAUGAUGACAAUGAAGAGGUUGAUGAGAAACCACAAGAACAAAAGACAUCUGCAGCUGUAGACAUACUCAAGGGAUCAACUGGCCAGAUCAUAACCGUUUGUGCUUGGUUGAGUAUGAAGGAACUUAGUUUAUUACUUGGUGCUAUCUUGGAUGGUGUUUCAUUCCCAGCCAAGACAGCUGCUGAAGAUAGUAACAACAGCAGCUCAAACAAUAUCGAGUUAAUUUCAGUUCAACAAAUCAAGGAUAUUGGUAGUGCAUUCCUACACAUUCUACUCAAUACUCGUCACAAAGGUGCUAUUGAAAAGGCAUAUUUGGGCUUUGAAAUUUUGUGUUCGAGAUUGAUGGGAACUACUCAUCCAGAGCUCUACACACUCCCUUCGUCUUGGAUUGACCAGUUGUUUAGACGUGUGCGUGAACAGUCACUCAACAUUACACGUCGGUCGGCCGGUCUGCCAUACACAUUCACUGGUUUGUUGGCCGGUGAGUCACACCACCAAAAGAGAAUGAUCGGACCACUUCUCAACCAAGUAUUGCAGUCUCUGUUGAAACUUGCCAACGGCGAGGAGGGAACCGUGCCAUCACCACAAGACGACGGAUCGAUUGCGCCAGAGCAAUGGGCCGAGCGUAACAUCUAUCUACCACAAGUACACUCUAUCAACAUUCUACGAAGCAUUUUCCGUAACAGUUCCAUUACAAACGAGGUAGACAGCUACUUUGCACAGACUUUGAUUACCAUCAUCAAGGCAUAUUCUUCAAAAUCUUGGUCGGUAAGAAACGCUGCCACCAUGGCAUUCAGCACAAUGGUUGAUAAAUUGGUAGGCGUGAAGCGUGUUAGAGAGGAGAGCUCCGUACUCAACACUACCACCUUUCACUACUUUUUCAGUCAUCUUCCAUCGGUCCAUCCCUUCCUCUUGGGUCAUUUCAAGCGGUCGCUCGAGUCGAUGGACGGGUCUGCAGAAGGUCGUGUCCUCCAAUCGUCCAUUUACGCCAUCCUCGUUUUAUUCUCGCGUCUCCAACCGUCGACCAUGACUAUUCCAACCGACUCUCUUUCACCUGCUCCCUUUGUCCCCUACAUCUCCAAGUGUUGCACAUUCUCUAAUUUUAUGGUACGUCAAAUUGCCGCCCGUGCACUUGUCCCAUUCAUUCCAACGCCCCAGGUCAUCUCCUUUGUCCAAGACAUUGUCGACAAGCUCAACACCCAAGCCAAGUCACAGGAAGAAAAGAAAGACUACAACCAAAUGCACGGUAUUCUCUUGCAAAUGUACCAUCUCGUCAAAGACCAUCUUCCAAACUUUGCUGCAACCACUGACCGUGUUGCUUUUGCCAAACAAGCCUUACAGAUUGUAAAGUCACUCGAUUGGAUCUUGGAGGCCCGUAUCGCACCCCUUGCAUACUUGAUCUACCAAACUAUCCUCGAAAUCUACAAGUGUUUUGCAAAGUCUGACGACGGAUCACAAUCAUGUGAAAAGGAAUAUUUUGAAAAGAUUGUUAAAUUGGCAUGUCAAGUCAUUGAAAGAGAUAAUGGAAAUGAUCCAAGCACCUUUGUAGAACCACCACUCUACAGUGCAUACAUUCAAUCUAUUGGUGACAUUAUUUUAUUUAAUAUCACUCAAUCGAUUCAACACCAACACAAAGAAUCAUCUGAUUUGAUUCUAUCAUUGUUGAAGCAUCGUCAGUAUGAUCUUAGAUUAAACACCACUCGUUAUCUCAUGGAUCAUUACAAAGAGGUGUUGCCAAAGAUUGAUUGUUUGGCAUUGCAAUCGGUUAUUUUGUCAAUGGUUAGAAACGAGCCAAAUCUACCAUGUCGUAAACAAGCCAUGAGAUUGCUUCCACUUAUCAAUCUCCCCAUUCCAAACAGUACCGAAUUGACAGACUUUAUCAUCCAAAAUGUAUUUGGUCACUGCGGUAUCAAAAAGGACUCGAUCGUCUUAUUUGGACAUUACUUUAAACAAUUGUUUGUCGGUACCAACGCACCUUCCGACAGCCCCUACUACAACACUUGGACCAAGAUUAUGCAAACCUUUACACAAUCGGAUCAACCUUUUGAAUUGCGUUUAGCAGUCUCCAAGGCAUUAGAGUCGAUUUCAUCGUCCAAUAUCUAUCUCGAAAAGAAUAAUGACCGAUUGGAUACUGUCAUUGUUGAAAUGUGGUUGACUAUGGCCAAGUUAUUAGAAGAUGAUGAUGAAACGAUCAGAGUCAUGACCGCUGUCAAUGCAUCUGUCCUAUUGCACAACCUUGAGCAAUCGACCAUGACCUCUACCUCCAAGACCUCUAUCAUUUACGACUCACCCAAAUCAAUGGAACUUGUCUAUGAACACUUGUCUGCCAAAUACGCCGGCAAUCUCUACCUUUUGUCAAGACUGUUUGAAAUCCUUGGUAUCACCAAGACACACACCCAAAAAGACAAGGAAUCAGAGAUAUUUAACCAGGAAUUCAAGAGUGAAAGAGUAUUGUUUGACAAGGAAGAAGAAAAUUACUAUGAAGAAAAGGUAUUAAAUUACCAACUUGCAUCAUACCAUCUAGCCAAGAUUUUGGGUAACUACGGCGAGACAGACACCAACCAAUUGUUGACCAUUCAAUUUGAAAAAUCAAUCAAAUAUGCUGAAUGGAUCAAACGAGCAUUUGACAAUAACAAACAAUCAGUUUGGAACAUGUGGCUUCUUUACAACCAAGACAUCUUCCUUCCACUUUACAAAUCUCUUUUGGCCAUACUCGCACUAUCACACAAACAACCAUUGGCAUCGACCACCCAAGAAUUACUAAACAACACAAUCACUACAAUCAAAAAGAAUUUAGAAUCGGUUAAUAUUCAUCCAAUCAUUAAUCAAUCCAUUCAAAAGAUUACCAAUUUAGGAAAAGAAUCAAUCAAUGUUGAUACUUUCUUUUUAACUUCAAUCUAG